AUGUCAUCACACAAUAGUCGGCCGUCUCGGGGUCCGAACGAUCUUACAAUCGAUCUGACUGUCGACAGCGACAGUGAUGGCGAUACGGCAUCCGGCGCAAGCAUUCUGCUGCGUCGCAGCCCAAGGCGCAAUCAGCAACCGCAGCCACCGUCACAUCCACAGCCACAACAACCUGCUGUCAGUAGGAAUGCAGGUGCACCGCCGUUUGGUAGGAGACAACGACAAGAGGCACAGGAGGUGAUAGAUCUCUCAGACGACAAUUCGGACUUCCAGGUUGAAGACUUGGAGGGAGGAACAGACUGGCCGUCCAACGAAUCAGGCUCCGACAGCGGAGAUGUCCAGAUCGUCCACGAGAGGCCAGCUCCUCCAGGCAACCGAAGGCCUCCUCAGCCAGCAAGACCUGCGACCAGACGGCCUUCCCCACGGCAUGCAGACCGGGGGCCGUGGGUGAAUCUGCCGGAUUUCUUACGAAGGAGCACACAGUUCAUGUUUGGCAAUGUGCAGAAUGCCAAUGAUGUCUUUUUAAACCGGCUAGAUGGUAUCCGCUCACGCGCUGGUGACGGUCGGCAAGAGGGAGAGACCCGAGAGAAUGAGGCUGGAGGAAAUUUCAUCAUCAACCUUGAUUACAGACAGCCUGCCUUUGCCCUGGGUGGCCUCGAGAUCUACGAUCGCAGUUCGGAAACACCCCAGGUCAUCAACGAACCCUACAAGGCCCCUCCGGCACCCAAAGAAGGGUUCAUUCGGACAUUCGCCGAGGAUGAUGUGGUGCUCUGUCCCAUGUGCGGCGAUGAACUAGCAACCGGGAAAGGCGACACGAAACAACAAGUUUGGGUGGUCAAACAGUGUGGACAUGUCUAUUGCGGAGAAUGCGCUACCAACCGAUAUGCUUCGAAAGCACGUAAGAAAGACAAAAAGGCGCCUCCCUCCAAAGUCACACCAUUUUCCGAAUGCAAGGUGGACGAUUGCAAGAUCCGACUCACCCACAACACCGCCAUGUUCCCUAUCUAUCUUUAA